GUUUUAUCUUUGUUGUUCACUGAAUGCUAAACAAGGAUAAAAUGAUGCUCGGAAACACUCGGUGUCAUUCCCGAACGCAGCCCAUGCGUAUGACAACCGUGAUAACCUUUAAAUUGCACGUGUACAGUAAAUCGACUGUAGAAAACACAAAGUUCAAUAUUUUUAGCCUUUUGAAUUUGCAUUAUAUAAAUUGUUCAUAUAUUUGUCUGCAUUCUAACAAACAUGGGAAAGUUGGACGUUAAGAUGUUGCGAUAUUUAACCUCGGAAAAUUUUCGUGUUUUAACAGCGAUUGAAAUGGGUAUGAAGAAUCAUGAGCUCGUACCUGCCAUACUUGCCGCCCAAAUAGCGAAUUUGCGUUAUGGUGGAGUUCAUAAAUUGCUGAAAGAAAUGUGCAAGCAUAGAUUGCUCAGUUAUGAACGAGGCAAACGCUAUGAUGGUUAUCGUUUAACAAAUACCGGUUAUGAUUAUUUAGCCUUAAAAGUCUUAACGCAGAGAGGAACAAUCUGUUCCUUUGGCAAUCAGAUUGGUGUUGGCAAGGAAUCUAACAUUUAUAUUGUUGCAAACGAGGAUGAGACUCCGCUUUGUCUAAAGUUACAUAGACUAGGUAGAACAUGUUUCCGAAACAUUAAAGGGAAAAGAGAUUAUCAUCAGCACAGACAGUCCGCAUCUUGGUUGUACUUAUCGAGAAUUGCUGCAACUAGAGAAUUUGCGUACAUGAAAGCACUUCUUGACAGAGGUUUUCCUGUACCAAAACCAAUUGACUUUAACAGGCAUUGCGUUGUCAUGGAGCUGGUUGAAGGUGGACCUCUGUGUAAUGUAAAUGAAGUAAACAAUGUGGAAGCCUUGUAUGACGAGCUCAUGGAUUUGAUUGUUAGACUGGCGAAUCAUGGUGUUAUACAUGGAGAUUUUAAUGAAUUUAACAUAAUGAUUAAGGAUGAUGGCAAGCCUGUUAUCAUUGAUUUUCCACAAAUGGUUUCUACAGAACAUGAAAAUGCAGAAGUCUAUUUUCAAAGGGAUGUGAACUGUAUCCGUGAUUUCUUUAAGAGACGUUUUGGAUAUGAGAGCGAAUUGUAUCCAACUUUUGAAGAUGUAUCGCGUGAAGAUUGCAUAGAUGCUGAAGUCAAAGCCAGUGGCUUUUCAAGGCAAAAAGAGAAAGAAGUUAAUACCUUUUUAACAGAAUUGGGUAUUGAAUGUAAAGAAGAAGAAGAAGAAGAAGAAGACAAUGAAUAUAAUGAGAUUAGUGAAGACAAUCAGGAAGAAGUAUAUGAGAAUUGUGUUGAAAAUAUCGAAGAUUUAGAACACCAAUUAAAUGAUUUGCAAUUUCAAGAUCAAAUUGUAAAAAGAGAAUUUGAUAUUCCAAGAGAGACAACACUUUUAUCGUCAAAUGUGGAAAACAAAGCGCAUAUUUAUGAUGAUACACAAAGUAUACGAAGUAUUUCAACAGCUGCUACAAUUGCACCAGAUGUGAUAAAAAAGAGAACAAAAUUAGCACUUGACAAACGUGAAAGGAGUCAAACGAAAAGAGCACUUGUUAAAGGAGAAGCAAGCGCAGUGACGAGGAUACGAAGAGAUAAUAGGGCUACAAUUAAAGAAUCAACAGGAAUUUGGGGCUGGGAAUAAAAGUUAUUUAUUGUAAGUCAACUAUACAUUAAUUAUACAUUAAAUGUAUAAUUUAACAAAUAUAAUUAGAUAUUUUUGCAAAUAGGUUGUUAUAAUACACAUGUAUGCAUGAAUGCAGUUAUUUUUUUCUUAAAAUUUUUAUUACUUGCGCAUUAUUUCGAUCCAUUUAGUAUUUAGUGUAUAAUUAUAAUAUUUAACAGCAUAAUAAUUACGUAAUUGCAGAAUAGAUGCUAUCAAAAUAUGUAUAAAUAAAUUACUAUAAAAUUAUAUCGGCUGCCCAUACUGUCUGCAAGUCAAAUCCAAAUGUAUAUAAGAUGCACAUAAAAUCUAUUAUUAUAUUAUUAAUCAGUAAUUCCAUUUUGCUAUUGCCAAUAUAAUAUAAUAUGGAACCUUUGGCUUUGAACAUGUGCUAAGCUUAAUUUAAUCUAAGGCAAGCAUAGAACUAUGUAAAAAUUUAGAUUUUUCUAACAUAAAUGGAUUUGUUCCAACUGGAUCCAAAACUAAAAUUCUCAAAUUCUAUACGUAAAUCUUUUGUGUAAGAUCAGAUUUUUCUGAAGUAGAAUCAUAUUUUAUAUAUUUGUAAACCAUAUAUUAGGCAGAUUUUUGACGUUGAAAUUCUUUCAGUCCAAUCAGGAGAUCUAAUGAAAUUCCUUCUCUCAAAGCGUUGAACCAAUCAGGAGAAUUUUAAAAAAUACCUCUUUUAAAUAUAAAUUAAGAUUUCCAUUCUUUGGAGAAAAUGCAUCGUUUCUCAAACGUUCCCAGUUCAAUUUCAAGUGCAAAAGGCAAAUUUCUCUAGAGAAACACAAUCAGAAGAAAAACUUUUAUUUAUUUAUUUUGUUCUUAUCAUAUGUUACGUCACGAUUGUAUUACAACACGUGUACUGUGGACAUAAGCCCAAUUGAUAGCAAGAAGGAAAAGUGCAUAUGCGGAAUUAAUCGAUUUACUAGUUCCGGUAAAAGCGUGUUUCUACGACAUAACACAACAGUUGAAGGUACAAUUGUAAAAUAUAAACUAAUUUGACUAUUUGAUAAACACGGGUCGCAAAGGAUGCUAACGAUAUUAAAAUUAAUGGUGACGUUGAAGAAAACGACCAGCAGGAGAUAAUAAGGCCGCAGUGAUAGCUCCGAGUACAUACGUAUAAUUGCGCCGCGUGUAUAUAUAGCAGUGAGUUCUCUCUUGAGAACUCUCUCUCUCGCAGAGUCCCGUCCCAUACGUUCUGUGUUUAUCAAAAUAUCUGAAAGUGACUUGGACACAAGCGGGUCACUGCUGAAGACUCUCUCAUUUGCUUCGAAUUGUCAGGAGAAACAUGGCUAAGGACAAUCUCACGGCUAUACUGUAUGGCAUCAACGAUUUGCGCCUGG